UUUUCCUUUCUCUUCUUUAAUACAUCAAGAUGCAAGCACCUGUCCUUGUUAUGAAUACCAAUAUGGAACGCGAGUCUGGUCGUAAGGCUCAACUCUCGAAUAUUACUGCUGCCAAGACAGUGGCUGAUGUCAUUCGUACCUGUCUUGGUCCUCGAUCGAUGCUCAAGAUGUUACUUGAUCCUAUGGGUGGCAUCUUGUUGACAAAUGAUGGUAAUGCUAUCCUUCGUGAAAUAGAAGUUGAUCAUCCUGCUGCCAAGAGUAUGAUUGAACUCUCGAGAACACAAGAUGAAGAAGUAGGUGAUGGUACAACCAGUGUUAUUAUCCUUGCUGGUGAAGUGCUUGCUGCUGCCUUACCACACGUCCAAAACAACAUUCACCCUAUUGUGAUUAUCAGUGCUUUCAAGAAGGCCCUUGAAGAUGCUUUACAGAUUGUUGAAGAAAUCUCUACCCCUGUUGACGUGAAUAACACAGAAGAAAUGUUGACUCUUAUCAAAUCAUCUAUUGGUACAAAAUUCACCAGCAACUGGAGUGAGUUGAUGUGCAAGCUUGCUUUGGACGCUGUGCGUUGUGUUGCUAUGGAAGAAGAAGGUACUGGCAAGACUGAAGUUGAUAUUAAGCGUUAUGCUCGUGUUGAAAAGAUUCCUGGUGGUGAAAUUGAACAAUCUCAAGUCUUGGACGGUAUCAUCUUGAACAAGGAUGUUACUCACCCCAAAAUGCGUCGUCGUAUUGAAAACCCCCGUGUCAUCUUGUUGGAUUGUCCUCUUGAAUACAAGAAGGGUGAAUCUCAAACCAACAUUGAAAUUUCAAAGGAAACAGAUUGGAACCGUAUUCUUCAGAUUGAAGAAGAACAAGUCAAAGCCAUGUGUGAUAAGAUCAUUGCUUUGAAGCCUGAUUUGGUGUUUACUGAAAAGGGUGUCUCUGAUCUUGCACAACACUACUUUGUCAAGGCCAACAUCACAGCUAUCCGUCGUGUCCGUAAGACAGAUAAUAACCGUAUUGCCCGUGCUGUUGGUGCCACUAUUGUCAACCGUGUUGAUGAUCUCCGUGAGUCUGACGUAGGUACAAAGUGUGGUCUUUUCAACAUUGAUAAGAUUGGCGAUGAAUACUUUACUUUCUUGACAAAAUGCCAAGACCCCAAGGCUUGUUCUAUUGUCUUGCGUGGUCCUAGUAAAGACAUUAUCAAUGAAGUUGAACGUAACCUUCAAGACGCUAUGUGUGUUGCUCGUAAUGUCUUCUUCAGUGCCAAAUUAGCCCCUGGUGGUGGUGCCACUGAAAUGGCUGUUGCUGUCAAAUUAGAAGAAAAGGCCAAAUUGAUUGAAGGUGUUGAACAAUGGCCUUACAAGUCUGUUGCUGAAGCUAUGGAAGUCAUUCCCCGUACUCUGAUUCAAAACUGUGGUGGUAAUGCCAUCAAGACGCUCACACAAUUAAGAGCCAAGCAUGCUACUGGUGAACAUUCAUUUGGUAUUGAUGGUGAAGCUGGUAAGGUUGUUGAUAUGAAGGAUUACGGUGUUUGGGAACCUACUGCUGUUAAGGUCCAAACGAUCAAGACUGCUAUCGAGUCUGCAUGUUUGUUAUUACGUGUUGAUGAUAUUGUUUCUGGUCUUUCAAAGAACAGAGGACCUGCUCCUCAACAAGGUGGUGCUGAACAACAAGAGAUGAUGGAACAACAAAUGUAAUAGUAGCAUAAAACAGCAUAAAAUAAAUCCCAUUUUUUUUAAAGGAUAUAUAUAUAGAUAUAUACAUAUACACACACACACAUAUAUAUAAUAAAAUGUCUUGAUAAAAAGA